AUGGCGGAUCGGAAACGAACUAGGACCACCCGGUCCAUGGCUCCAAAAUCCGAUGUACCGGAUGUUUAUCAAGAAAUGCUGGCCGAGGCCGCCGCAGACGUUGGUCCUUCCGCAUUGGUAGAGCGACCGGCUAAAAGACUUAAAAGACCCGGAGAGAAGAAGUCCGAGACUGCUGCCACCACGACAAAGAAGCCGGAGGUGGAAAGAGUUGAUGACGACGUUGAUGAAGAUGAAGAUAUCGAGUUCGAAGACGUAACUCUUCCUCCGGCGACGGUCCAGACCAUGUACAGAGAUUCAGACGACGAAGAAGAAGAAGAGGACCUGGAUGGAAUCGAGUUUGAGGAUAUCGAUUUCGGGGCUGUGCAGCCUAACUCAGAAGCUCUCGAAGAAACCAACAAACUCACGCUGAAUCUGUCGGAACACAGUAGCACUGUGACUGCGGCGCGAAAGGGAGUCAACAAACGAAAGCCUCUUACGAAAGAGGAGAGAGAGCGCCGCAUUUCCAUUCACAAGACGCAUCUUUUAUGUCUCUUAUUACACUGCGCCCUGAGGAACCGUUGGUGUGACGAUGAGCAGGUCCAGAAGAGCCUCCGCCCUCUUCUAACUAAACAGACCAUCAACUAUCUGACACCAAGUCCGAGUCUUCCACAGUUUGGGCAGACGGAGUCGCUAAGGAAUGGACUGCAACAAGCCGGCAGUGUGUUCAAGUCAAAGUUCCAAACUACAGAACGAGGGCUAUGCCGACCCCUAUGGGCAGAGGAUCCCGAACAUCUUGCCAACAGACGCAGCUAG